GGAGGCGGGACUUCCGCCCGGAGCCGGAAGCGGGGCUCGUGGGUCUCCCUGGCGCUCUCUCUUUCCCUCAUAUGCGAGCGAAUUGUCCCUCUUCCUCUUCCUCCACCUCCUUGGCGUCCAGACGUUCCGGGGCCUCGACUCUCCGCCGCCGCCGCCUCUCCGCGCCCUUCCCUCCCCGCUCUCCGCUUCUACCUCCGCCUCCUCCUCCUCCGCCCGGCCCUCUCCGCCCCGCUCUCUCGCUCUCUCUCACCCCUUUCCUAACAUUCGGCGGCGGCGGAGGAGGAGGCGGAGGAGCAGGAGCCAAGGGCCGACGACUGAGAGGAGGAGAAGGCAGAGCAGAGGACUCCUCGCCCGUUCGUUCGUCCCUCCGUCCGUCGAGUGAGGCUCCGCUCCCAGGCCCGCCGCGGCCUCGCUGGCUGUUGGCUGACAGCUUAGACGGAGAUCAAUACAGUUCUCUCUGAGGAGCCAGAAAGCAGGCAGCUCAUGACUUCUGAUCAGGACACUAAAGUUGUGGCUGAACCGCAGGUGCAGCAAGUACAAGAAGUUAAAGAUAGUUCUCAUCUAGAGUCAGCCAAGGUUUCUGAAUUAAAUCCUAAUGCAAAAGUAUGGGGGAAUCAUAUGGUACAUGUGGAAGCAAGUGGUGCUACUGAUGGUGGUGUGAGCAAAAACUGGGAAGAAAUAUCAGAUCAUCCGCCAGAUUCCUGCAAAGAAGGGCUGGAGGCCAACGGUGAUGGGGACAAAAAGCACCAGAAUGAAUCGUUAACAGAACUGCAAGAAUCAUCACUAACAGCUCCAUUAUCAGACCAAACAGAGAUGAACCCUUUGGCUUUAGAGCAUUCAGAGUAUGAUUCUAUGCAUGAAAACACUCAGACAGGAGGUAAAGAACAGCUGCAGCCAGAAGGUCAGGAAGAUUUGCGAGAAGUGCUUAAGAAAACACUGGAGUUUUGUUUAUCUAGAGAAAAUCUUGCCAGUGACAUGUACCUUAUAUCUCAGAUGGACAGUGAUCAGUAUGUGCCAAUAAUGACAGUAGCUAACCUCGAUCACGUCAAGAAACUGAGUACUGAUUUGGAUUUGAUUGUUGAAGUACUGAGAUCAUUGCCUUUAGUCCAAGUGGAUGAGAAGGGUGAAAAAGUCAGGCCAAACCAGAAUCGCUGCAUUGUAAUUUUACGAGAAGUACCUGAAUCUACUCCUAUUGAAGAAGUUGAAGCACUGUUCAAGGGAGAUAACUUGCCUAAGUUCAUCAACUGUGAAUUUGCCUAUAAUGACAACUGGUUUAUUACAUUUGAGUCUGAAGCUGAUGCACAACAGGCAUAUAGGUACCUUAGAGAGGAAGUUAAAACGUUUCAAGGAAAACCAAUUAAGGCGAGAAUAAAAGCAAAGGCUAUAGCUAUAAAUACAUUUUUGCCAAAGAAUGGAUACAGACCUCUGGACAUGAACAUUUACACACAGCAGCGUUAUACAACAUCAUUUUAUUUACCUCCAGUAUAUAGCCCACAACAGCAGUUUCCACUGUACAGUUUAAUUGCCCCACAGACUUGGUCAACAACACACAGCUAUCUUGAUCCAUCUCUGGUAACACCAUUUCCAAAUACUGGUUUUAUCAAUGGUUUUACAUCUCCUACUUUCAAGCCUACUGCUUCUCCACUGACUUCGCUCAGGCAGUACACACCCAGAAACAGAAAUCCCAGCAAAUCACACCUACGGCACACAAUACCCAAUGCAGACAGAGGGACUGGACUUUUAGAGAGCCCUACAAUAUUCAAUUUUUCUGCUGAUCGUUUAAUCAAUGGUGUCAGAAGCCCACAAACAAGGCAGCCGGGGCAAAAUAGAACUCGAAUGCAAAAUACUACAGGUUAUACCAAGCGGGAAGUAGGCAGUGGACGCGUAGAACCCACUACUUCAGACUCAUCCCCGAGCUUAGGUAGAGGAAGAAAAAACUCAUAUGGCUAUCGAAAGAAGAGAGAAGACAAGUUUACGAGAGGGCAGACACAGUCUCCACCCCCUCCAAAGCCUCCGUCUCCAAGUUUUGAAUUGGGGUUGUCCAGUUUCCCUCCAUUGCCUGGUGCUGCUGGUAACCUAAAGACUGAAGACUUGUUUGAAAAUCGAUUAUCCAAUGUGAUAGUUGCACCAUCAAAAGAAAAAAGUCUCAACAUCAAUGCAAAUACAAACACUAUCCCACCAGGAAUUCCUCGAGAACCUUUGUUGCCAGUUUCUUCUGCUCUGCCAGGGACAUUUGAAAGGUCUCCUUCCCCAUCCCAGCCUCCCGAAGACCCCAAAAUUGUGGACAAACAGCAGAAAGAGACACAAAAUAUUGAAAGGCUUUCUUCUGUGCUUACUACCGCUUGUAAAUCAGUACAAGUCAAUGGGGCUGCUAUAGCAGAAUUACGAAAACCUAGUUAUGCUGAGAUCUGCCAGAGGACGUCUAAGGACCCACCUUCACUUCAGCCCCCAAAAGAACAGAAACCAAACACUGUUGGUUGUGGGAAAGAUGAAAGAAAACCUUCAGAAACACUAGAGAGAAGCAAAGAACCCCCUCCUAUGAAGUCUAAUCCAGGGCAGCCCAAAGACCAGAGAAGACAGUCAGGACGCAGGUCACCACCUCCAGCUGUUGUGAAACGCCUGACUAAAGAACAGAGCACUCCUCCCAAAUCACCUCAGUGAAACUAGCGCUUAGGAGGAGGUUCAGAAAAGUUCUCGAUAUGAAGUAAACCUAUGUUGCCACUCAGAAAUACAAAGAAUGAGUUGCUGGUUAGGUGCUUGCAGUGGGUAUUAAUUAUACGAAAUGCCUGCAAGGCUUUUUGUUUUUGUUUUUCUUCCUCUGUAAAAUAGAUUGCUCCUCCAGUUUUCUUGCUCCCCCAGCAAAUUGCCCUUGAGCAAACAGUCUACUCUGUCAGGGUUUAAUUAAUCUAAACCUUACACUUAGGUUGGUGCUGAACUGGAGGGGAUGCCUAAAUCCUUUUUUGUUUCCUAGAUGGAAGAUGCAUUUGUCUGGGGGGGAAAAAUCAAUUUUUUUAUUAAGCCUCCAUGUGGCUGUAUGAAUACAAGCUCUAUCUUAACGAAUUGUUUCCUAAUCUACUAAGCAGAAUUGUGCUGCUGUAGUUUUUAAAUAACUGGUCUGUAAGUACAUCUAAAAAUAAAUUAAAAUAUAUCAGAAGACUAAUUAUAGCAGUUAAUAUUUAGAGUGCAAAGGAAAAAACAGGUGUUUUAUAAGACAGGUUUGCCUUGUUUCUUUUUAAAGUUCUGGCUGCUGUAGCACAUCAGCAAAUAAACUAAACUUUUUAUGUUUGAAAAAAAUAUUUGGUUGUACUUUUUUAAGAUUCAAUAUUUUUUUCUCGGCCAAAUGCGAACCUUCAUAAAAAUUACCUGUGAGGCUUCUCUAAAAUAUUUGUUUUGGUGGACUGCAAGCAAGUAACCAGCUUCUCAAUCCAGAAUAAAAUGGUUCCUUCAAUUUCAGGAAAAGAAAAAGAAAUAAAGCACAUUGUGAAUAAAAAAAAAUUAAAUGCAUAAGCCCUUGUAAAUGGCAGGUGCCAGCUAAUGGCUGUUUAUCACAGGACAGCACAAUAAUGCUCAUAUGAUGGGAAUCUCAACUUUCCCUUUAGUCAGAGGAAAUUGCUUUUGAGCCACUGCUGUCUUUCCUGGUUUUCCCUGUACUCUGUGUAGGUUUUUAAAACAAUGCUGAAAGUGCUCUUUGAAAGAGUUCAUAUCUUAAUCGGCCUAAGUGCUGAGACGUUUCUGUACCUAUGAACAUUGGCAUAUGGAUUUAAUUUUUUUAAAAAUCCAUGAGAUAAUGGAGUUCUUUUUGUGUGUGCGUGUGUGCAUGUAUGUUGAAGGAAGAGAUCCCUGUUUCUGUCUGGGGUGAGAUUUUUCACACUUGCUUACUUUAGAAGUGACAUGCUUUCUGAAGGACAAGGAUGCACUAAAUUAACAAGUUUCUAAUAAAGUUGAAUAUAAAUUAUUUUUGUUUUAAAAUGCCUAAAGUUUUUUUUUGAGUGUUUAAGCAGCAGAUGGUUCAGAUGAAAAUGUAUUCCUGCUGAAUACAGAUUAUUCCACACACAAAAAGGUUUAUUUAAACAACUGAUUUUUUUAAAGAAUUAUUUCCAUCCAAUAUUUAAAGACUUGAAUUUUAUUUAAACUUGAAAAUGACUUUGCCUUAACUUUUGUAUAAGACAGCUUAGAGUUACUGAAGUCUAACCCCUUCAAGGGUUGGUGUGGGUGGCAUAUACAGAAUUACUCAGUUACAGUAUGUAUGUAUUGUCACUGGUCUUACUGGGUAAACAUACUGUAGUACAGGUAGUAGUGGCAGUUUUUGUAAUAUACCUUAAAAGAUCUUAAGCAGUUGAUCUUUUUUCAAAAUGUUGAAAAAAAUCUGUAAAUGAAAAUAGUCAAUACUGUAUUAAAUAUGUGCACUUGGAAGUGUGUGCUUUUGCUUGUACAGGUGUAAAUAAUCAGAACAUAUAAAAAGGUACCAUUAAAAAAACUGAUAAAAAUUAUUGAUAUAUUAUAAAUGUUGCUGUUGAGAUGGAUGUAGAUAAACUAAAUGUUGUGGUUUGAAUAUUACUUUAAUUUGUUUUUCCUUGUUUCUUUUACUUUAUUCUGGUGUGCUGAGUUGAUUCUGCCUCUUCACUGCAAAAGGGAAUUGGAGAAAGGCUGUUUUCAGGAAGUGUGCAUUUCAACCAAUGUGACACAUGGUUGUGCACUGUAUAAUUUCAACUUUGUGUUACAAGCUGCAGUGAUUAUUUUUUCAACUGAAUUGGAAAGAAAUAACAUUGCCAGAAAUGCAGCGCCCCCAACAUGACUCAACCACUCUUCUCAAUCCAAAAGCUUAGCCCAGUACAAACCUAGGAUUCUAGGGUUCCACAUAUCUUAGAUACACCCAGGGCAAUUGAUUUUCUAAUGUAGGUUGCUGCUAUUGUAAUUUUCCUCUAACAAAAGAAUAAACAAAAUACUAAAUGAAAGCCAGCCUGCUUUUUUGCACUGCAGAAUUAAAAAAGGAGCAAGCUGGGAUCUGUUUGUGACUUUCUGAAAAGGCACAGUCAGAAAAGACGCAGGAAGAGACAGAGACUCCAAACACCAGUCAAAACCACCAAGCUAGUACUGUUGUUGGGUUGUAGUCUUUAUCCUUUACCCAGUGAGCAGUGAAAAAUGGCAGCUAGAUUUGGGAUAUGGUUGAGGCCAGCUCUGACAGUUCUUUGUCUGCUUGUUGAAAAUAUAAAUGAAACAGCUGCAGACAAAAUGGCAAUGGCCAUGGCAAGUGUACAGCUAAUCAAUGGCCAACUUAUAUAGUCAACUUAAUAUAUGCAGACCAGCAGCUGAGUUUUGCUGUACUAAUGCAUUUUGCUGCUUCUUGUUAGGUUAAUACACUGUAAUUCUUACCCCAGUAACAGCCCACAUAAAUAAUUUUAACCUUUACUGUGAUACCAUUUUUUUCUUUUAAACAAGAAAAGGUAUAUGCCAAAUAAAUAUCUCCAAUCACUUUAAUACCUACCCAUUCAGAUAAUGUGGGGCUGCUGGCACAAAAGUUGAUACUCUACAGAUUGUUUACAUACAGAUAUUCAAAUCUGGUAUAUUUUUUUAAUCCUUCCCCAAAAUAUGAGUUGCAGGUUAAAAUGAUAGGAACCAAUUACAGCUUGUUUUUUUUUAAUUGUAGGCUUACCUUGCUUUUUAUAGGGGAGUGUAAUUUGUUCAAGGAGUGUAUUUAAAACAAAGCUUUUGCUUCUGAAUACUUAACCCACACAAAAUCAUCAGGGUGCCUCACCUGUGCCCUCCCCCAUUAUGCAUCCUCUGAUAGAGCAGCGAAGAAACUGUCAAGCUCAAUUUUAUUUUUUGUUCUUAAUUUUGCUGCCUCUUAUCUGAAGACAUAACCAGUUGGCAAAGAGAUGCCCUUACUUGUGAGUGUGAUGCAGUGGAUCAUGAGCAACCACUGACCCAAAGGGUCCACGGUCAUCACUGUGUUCCUUUUAGCUAGCUGCAUUUCUCACAUGUUGUGUAAGUUAUUACACUAAUAGCAGCAGACAAUCGAAGACACCUGUGAGCUAACAGCUGCCAAGACACAAAAGAGGAGCUGUUAUAUGGAGGCCUUUUUUUUCCUGAGUGUGUUUGUUUUGUUCUCUUUUUUUUGUUUUGUUUUUUGUUUAUGAUCUUCCAUUUAAGACUGGAAUCAAGCUUACAUGUAAACUAUUGGUAAUUUAAGUUUCCUUUUGUGUCAUAAAAUGUACAACUGUCUAAAUAUGUAGGUUAUGAAAAAUAAAGAUUUAGGCACUGUUGAAAUUCUCUUUUUUUAAAUUAAAACUUCUUACAACAGUAUUUUUCACUUCCUUUGUUUUUGCGCCCACUUGUGUGUAGUCUUACUGCUUCAAAAAUAGACACGGGAAGCUCUUUUUGCUAUGGCUGUAUGGUUCAGAGAACUCAAACCAUUUAACAGCAAUAAAUGCUACACCAAAACUGAA